AUGUGGUCUCACCCCUGUACCGUGUGUUCCCCUGGCCCCCUGAAUGGACAGGAUGUGGAGAUCCGCACCAACGUGUCGCAGUACCUGCCCCAGAUCAGCGAGCUGCUCAACAGAGUGCCGCGCCAGAUGCUGCUGCUGCUGAAGACCAACGACCUGCUGCGCGGCAUCGAGGCCGCGCUGCAGACCCGCGCCGCCUCCUCCUCCUUCCUCAACAUGUCCCGCUGCUGCGUCCGCGCCCUGGCCAGGCACAGGAGGAGCAAGGCCAGCUCCCGGACGCGGCGUCUGCGGAUCUCAGUGGGCGAGGUGCUGGGGCUGUGGAGGCUGGGUCUGUACGAGGUGUACCUCCAGGUCAAAGGUCACCCAAUGGCUCGCUGGCUGUGGGCCUUGCUCGGCUGCCUGGGCUAGUCAUCAGCCUGGAGACGGACACACACACACACACACACACACACACACACACACACACACACACACACACACACACACACACACACACACACACACACACACAGAUAUGUAAAUAUCUAAAUUAUAUUAUUCUUAUUUUUAUUCAUAAGUCCAAAUCGCACAUUGAGCUGUCAACAUCUUGGCUGAAGACCCCUGGGAAUAUAAACAGAAGGACAGAAGGACAGAAGGCAGCCAUAGGUAUUAUUAUUGAAAUUCAACCAGAUGUUAAGUUGACCAAGACAUCAGUCAAUCAUAACCAGUCACGCAGGCAGGCAGACAUAUGGCAGCAGUCAGUCAAAUGAGACGUUUACCGGGAGAAACUAAAUUGGCCUCAGUCCAGCAGUGGCAUGCAGGCUGGGACUCAGUCAGUCCAACCCCACCGACAGACUGACAGACGGACAGACGGGUGGUGCAGCCAGUUAGACGUACACUGAUGUAGGUUGAGAUGCAGGAAGCCAUACGGAGGAGUAACUGUUUCUCUGAACUUUCCGUUGUCUUUGCGGCCUCUACCUUUUGGUAUUUAUCUUGGGAACCAAGUAAGUUAGUUAAAUUAAGUUGAGUUAUCUUUUAUUGUCCCUCUUUAAGUAGCACGAUGAGGUAACGUUGAUGGGUUAAUGGACGGCUGACUCUAGCCAUGACUCUUAAGUUAAGUUUCCUCUCCGUCUACGGAGAGUACCGGAGGCCAAACCUCAGCACUCCGUCACCAGGAUCAGCUGCUGUUUGGGCACCGGCCUUAACGGUUGGACAAUCUGUACUUCCAGCAAGGACGAAGACAGAAACUUAUUUUAUAUUUCCAUUGAAAGAAGAUGUUGUGGAAACUAAUGGAUCCCGGCUCCCACGGAGAGUGGUUAUUAUGGGCUAUAAUACCUCAUAACAUGGCUUUCGGACAUUUUUUCAUGGAUUUCACUCAAGGCAUGUACUCUGGAUUAUCCAUCUGUCUUUUUAUAAUUUAGUCGUGUGCUUAUUUUGGGACCAGUUGAGUUCUAUCUUGUUGGCCAAAUACGUUGAAGAUGAAUGCACAUGUGGUUUUCCCUCCAGCGUACGUCCAGGUGUUUCUAUCAAUGCAGAGAAGCGUCAUCACGCCACUCUCAGUAUUGUACUCCUCUGUUCUUCAGUGUUGUCUUUCUUGAGAUUUUCAAACAUCUCUUGCUGUGCAAUCUCCCGCUGGAACCUGGGGCCAAUUAACGCUGCUUUCAUUCAUCAUACUGCUUUUAUGUGGUUUAUUUCAUUUACAGAUGAAAACUGCUUGAUAAACACUGUGCACCAUGUUGGGGUUGGGGUCUAAUACUUGAUUUCUUUGUGGGCCCAAAUUAGUAUUUGUGGUUAUGAAGAGUUAUGAGAUUAGCCUUAUGCAGUCCUGUGAUGUGUUUCAUUUGUUUUCUCUCACAGUUUAUUGUUGUCUGUGAACUGAAGCCACUGCUGUAAUUAUUAAAGAAUAACUUUUCAACCUAGAUCCUAUUUCCCCUCAUGUUGGGUCUAAGUGACUAAUGCACACAACAAUUUCUGAAAUUGUUUGUUGAGCGAGAGAGCUUCAACCUACAGACGGGGCUGUAGUGUGAUCCUAUGAGGCCAAUGUCGCACAUCCUCUGCCUGUUGUUCCACUGACAUUGCGCAAAUACAACGCGAUAAUAAUGACCACAAAGACAAGCCUUCAAAACUUCUCCUUGAGCGAGACUUGACAAUGACAAAGCUACCUGAAAAUGAAAGUGAAAAAGAAAAAUAGUUGUAUUUCUCUGGAGGGAUCCUUCCCUAAUAUUGUCUGACAUAAUAACAAUCUGAGAGCAGCAAAAAUAAGCACUUCUAGAGGACUCCCAUUGUCGGGGGCUGGUAGCUCAUCGGGUUACAAUGCAGCCCUGCAUUAGUCACACAAACACCCAAACCCAUGGUGAGACAGGGUCGGGGUUGAAAAACCCCAAGGUCAUGCUUUAACAGAAUGGCAUGUGAACAUGAAGUGGCAUUUUAUUCAUGGGAGAUGCAAUAGAUUAAAGUUUUCUACGUGAGAUCACACUUAUUUUCAUCAGUUCUCGGUUCCAUUCCUUCAAUUUGAAUGUGGAGGGCAAAUGCUGUCUAUUAAAUAUAAUCGAAAAGCCAAACGGUAGUGUCUUGAAAUAAAGAUUUUACAUUGCCAAAGA